AUGGAGAUCCUCAUGAGUUCUAGAGAUGCGGAGGGGUUGAGCGAAGCGAAAGACCAGCGAGUCACGGGAAUUCGGAACACUACCACGCUAGCCGCUUUGGGCAAUCUGGGCACCCAACGAGGUAUUCCGGGGUACGCCAUUACGCAGCACUCGCUCCUUUCUCCCCCUGGUACCCGCGCGUAUCGGAUGCUCUGA